GGCGGGGCCGAAGCGCAUCCCGGCGGCGGACGCGGGGAGGGGAGAGGGGCGCUCGGAGGGACGGCAGCGGGCGCCCGGCGGGGGCUGCCCAGGGCCAGGGCCAGGCUCCCGGAGCCGCACAGCAUGGACCCCCCGGAGCCCGAGCCGGAGCCGGAGCCACCUGCCCCCGCUGCCGCUGCCGAAGGAAAUGAGGUAAAAUAUGAUCCAAACAAUAACGAGGAGGAGGAGGAGGAGGAGGAGGAGGGAGAACAGUUCGAUUUUGACAGCGGAGAUGAGGUUCCAGAAGCGGACAGAGGAGCCCCGGGCGCACCCGAGGCCGGGCACGUGGGAGCCGCCGCCCCCACCAGCUCAGGAGGGGAAGACGGGACAGGGACCGACAAGGGCGCGCCGGUGGAACCGACUAAGCUUGGGGUCCCAGCGAGAGUGAACCCCUACUCCAUCAUCGACAUCACGCCCUUCCAGGAAGAGCAGCCUGCGCCCCCAGACCCCGAGGCCCAGGAGGAGGGCGUGAGCCUGCACGUGCCCAGCGGGUACUCGGUGCCCGUGCCCUGUGGCUACGCCGUGCCCUCCAACCUGCCCGCGCUCCUGCCCGCCUACUCCAGCCCCGUCAUCGUGCGCUCCGUGUCCCUGGAUGAGGAAGAGACCCCCGAAGCGGCGGAAGACGGCCAGGGCAACUCUCUGAGUUCUGAGGACCCAGCAAACAGUGAGGACCGGGCCCGAGCCGAGGACAGCCCCCUGGCCCGCUGGGUGGCAGACCCCGCCAACACCGCCUGGAUGGACAACCCAGAGGAAGCCAUUUACGACGACGUGCCAAGGGAGGAGUCAGACUCCGAACCAGAUGAGAUGAUCUACGACGACGUCGAGAACGGAGACGAGGGUGGGAACAGCUCCCUGGAGUAUGGAUGGAGUUCCAGUGAGUUUGAGAGUUACGGGGAGCAGAGCGACUCCGAGGGCAGGAACGGGGUGCCCCGGUCCUUCCUGCGCAGCAGCCACAGGAAGCAGCUGUCCCAUGACCUGGCCCGGGUGAAGGCGCGCUAUGAGAGAAAGAUGAGGGAGCUGGUGGCCAGCGCAGUGGGCUCGGGUGAGGUUCAGCAGCUAAAGCAGAAGCAGGAGCUGAAGGUGCAGAAGCUGAUGAAGGCUGCCAAGGAGGGCACGCGGGACGGGCUGGAGAAGACCAAGGCCGCCGUGAAGAAGGGCCGCUCCUUCAUCAGGACCAAGUCCUUCAUUUCCCAAGAUCCCAGGCCGGGCCUCGAGGAGGAGCAGAGCGUGUUCAUCGACGUGGACUGCCGGCACCCCGAGGCCGUGCUCACCCCGAUGCCCGAGGGGCUGUCCCAGCAGCAGGUGGUCCGGAGGUACAUUCUGGGCUCGAUUGUCGACAGCGAGAAGAACUACGUGGACGCCCUCACGCGGAUCCUGGAGCAGUACGAGCGGCCGCUGGCGGAGAUGGAGCCGCGGGUGCUGAGCGAGCGGAAGCUGCGGGUGGUGUUCCACCGGCUCCGGGAGGUGCGGCAGUGCCACCGCCUGUUCCAGAUGGCGCUGGCCAGCCGCGUGGCCGAGUGGGACGCCGUGGAGAUGAUCGGCGACGUCUUCGUGGCUUCGUUCUCCAAGUCCAUGGUGCUGGACGCCUACAGCGAGUACGUCAACAACUUCAGUGCGGCCGUGGCCGUCCUCAAGAAGGCCUGCUCCACAAAGCCCGCUUUCCUGGAGUUCUUAAAGCAGAGCCAGGAGUCCAGUCCCGACCGCGUCACCCUCUACAGCCUGAUGACCAGGCCCAUCCAGAGGUUCCCGCAGUUCAUCCUGCUGCUCCAGGACAUGCUGAGGAACACGCCCCGCGGACACCCCGACCGGCUGCCCCUCCAGAUGGCGCUGACAGAGCUGGAGACGUUAGCAGAGAAACUGAACGAGAGAAAGCGAGACGCAGAUCAGCGCUGCGAAAUGAAGCAGCUAGCGAAAGCCAUAAACGAGAGAUACCUGAACAAGCUUCUCAGCAGCGGGAGCCGGCACCUCAUCCGGUCCGACGACGUGAUCGAGACCGUCUACAACGACCGCGGCGAGGUCCUCAAGACCAAGGAGCGGCGGCUGCUCAUGCUGACCGACGUGCUCAUGUGCGUCACGGUCAGUGCCCGGUAAGGACCGGCCCCGAGCCCCCCCAGGCCGC